AUGCUGAGAAACCCAACCGCUACAGUUAUUGCUGGUACAACAGAAGGACUAGUCGAGCAUGAAUAUCAAAAGCUAAAAUGCGCUUGGGAACAACAACGCUAUGACAUUAAAUCGCAGAAACAAGAAACACAGUAUUAUCGUCAUGACAAUGUGCAAUUCACGUUGAUGCAUCUAUUUCAUGGCUAUUUGAAUCAAAUUUGGAUGGACUCCCAAAACAUGCUGCAAUGUGCUCAAUCUUGGAACAACGAUCCACAUAAAAAAGACGCUGCUUUUACCAUGAACAUACUUGGUUUACAUUUGAUGAAACAAUCGCUAAGAACUCGUCAAGAACUAUUUCAUAUAGUUGAUGAAGCCUCCACCAACCACGAUGCAAUGCCGGCAAGGGCAUCAUCCACCACUUCGUCUUGUUCUAUACCAUCAUACUACCAAAUGCCUGUCAAAUUAUCCAGCUCGCCAUCGACACCUACCAUCAACAACGGCAGUACCAUAGACCCUCAUUGGCAGCUCGAUUCAGCAACAACGGCAUGCAAGCACGCUUUUACCCCUGGAUCCAAUUUUCCAAGUUAUUUUCCGGCAGAGCUGGAGCAGAAUACAUCAUGUCAUUUUUGCCAUGAAAAGUUGGUGAGACUCAAGAAGAGUUUCUCUGCUGAUUAUUUUUCGGCAUUGGCCAGUCAAAUAUCAUCCGAAGAGGCUACUAGCUGUAGUAGUAAUAGUGAUAGCGAUGACAGCGGCGAGGAUACGCAAGCAGCCUAUCAGUGUUUCAAUGAUGCUACCAGUAAUAGCAAUAGCGCAUUCGAUUUGGAAUCCAUAGAAGAUGUGCUCGCCAGCAGGAAAUUGCUAGUACAAGAAGACGAUGAUGAUGAAGAUGAGGGGAACCGCAAUUAUAAGCAAAAGCUAUUAAAAUAUCAGUUGAUCCGUGCCAGCGAGUUACACGAGAGCUCCAAGCUAGAGUUAGAGGAAGAUGACCAUGGAUCUGUAUCGUCUAGUGGCACCACAGUGGAAGAAUUAAGGAUGAAGCGCUCCACCAUCAACAACAAUUUAUUGCACAAACGCAACGGGUCUUCUACAUGCUUACCCGAGUCCUUUCAUUCGUCUGAUAGUCAUUACCAUUGCGAACAAGAGGAAGACACGAUGCCUCAAAAGAAGAGAAAUUUGUCCAUGUUCUUUACCCACAACAGCAAAUCAACAUCUACAAAAUCCAGCUUCAAAGACAAGCUGAAAAAGUAUCGCAGCAAAGACGCGUCAAGCGACAAGAAUUCCAUGCCACGUUCGCUAUCCCACACAAUCUGUCAAUUGUUUGCUUCACAAAGCAGUAGUAGUACUAGUAGCAGUAUGAGGCGACAACAACAGCAAGCCCAACUGUAG